AAUGUGGUGUACAAUGCAGAAGAGUAAAACGUAUCAUAGGAGGUGAUAACAUUGAUAUCAAAGCUGCACCGUAUAUGCUAUCAAUGAGACUGGACGACAGGCACAUAUGCGGUGCUGUCAUCAUAAGUAAGAAAUGGAGUUUGACUGCAGCCCACUGCUGCAUCCACAUCAAUCCGAACGAACAGUUUUCGCUGCGAAGCGGUAGUGCAAAGCUAGACGAGGGCGGUACAGUUCACCAAGUGACGCAGGUGGAGCGGCACAACAAGUACCAGGACGACGACGAUGAUUACGACCUCUGUGCAUUGCGCGUUCAUCCACCCUUCGAAUUCAAAGAUGCCAAACCUGUUAAAUUACCCUAUCCAGGGGUACCACUACAAGACAGCUGGGGUCGCGUCACUGGAUGGGGAUAUACCGAGCCAGAUGUAGAGAAACUCUCCCCUGUGCUGAAGUCGAUCGACGUGAAAAAGGUCGAUUUAAAGCACUGUAAAUAUGCCUACAGAAAUUCGUAUACCAUACACGAUCGUGACGUUUGUUACGGAUCAGGUAGUCACUCGAAAGAUGCCUGUCAAGGAGAUUCAGGUGGUCCUUUGGUCAAUGAGGAUAUGGUCCUGAUCGGGGUUGUAUCUUUUGGAGAAGAUUGCGGAUACAGUCAUUUGCCUGGAAUUUACACUGACGUAGUACAGUUUCGCAAUUGGAUUAAAAAUGCAACAGAUGUAUAAAUCAUACAUGUAUAAAACAGUUUAUUAAAAAUGAAUGAAACCAUAUGAAAAUAUAAUAAACUAUUAUGGCAUUGCUCCGAAAACUUUGAAAUUCGCGCCACUUUUACCAACAGCUGGUCAGUGCAGAUCUGACUGAUCUUCUUCCUAUAUUAUACAUUAUACGUUGCAGUAGUUUCUACAAUAACCAUCAGGUGGCGAUUGUGUUUAUUUACUUUUCGUGUGUCUAUUUUUAUCACAUUUUUAUUGUUUGAUUUAAAGAAAUCACUAGUUUUUUAGUAAUCAUACUUUACCGUAAAUCGUAAGAGGUCUCAUAAUUUGUGAUUUUCAAUAUACAUUUAGACCAAAAUGAUACUUACAAGAAAUGGGUAUUACUUUCGAGAUGAAUAAACAAUCUUCUAACCUCUGUACUUAUAUCAUGAAAUUUUAAUUUUACUAACAAUAAUAAUUUAAAAACCAAAAAUGUAUGACAUUUGCCAUCCAACUUAUUACAACAUGAGCCAAUUAGGCUGUAAUGACCAAGUUAAAUUGACUACAGCAUUUUAUGUAUAUAUGGAGCUUUGUGAAGUUAAACUAUACUGGAACGUAGAAUAUAAAUAUUGUGAAGCACUACAAAUUUUUUACCUUGAAGCUAAAAAAAGUAAAAAUGCAGAGGUAGAUACGUUUGUUCCAUGGCCUGCUUUUCACAAUCUUUCAUUGGAUUUCAUCAGUAACAUACAGCAUAAAUUAGAAAAAGACAAGUUUACAUUUGUUUUCAAAGAAGGGGACACUACUUCAGUAUAUUACAGUAUAUCCUCUGGUAUUGUUAAAGCAAUAAGCCCAGAAGAAACAAAGACGCUUAGGCAAAAGUUAGAGAAAAAAAUUGAACUUAAUAAAGAAAUCAGCAGAAAUACUGCAAAUUUAUAUGAACGAGCAUUGAUGCUCAAUAAUGGUUUGUAUGAGAAAGAUAACCAAUUUGUAAAUAAUACCAUAGAUAAGGAAGAUAGUGUCAUGGAAGAAUUUUAUACACCAAUGACAAUGAAAGAUGCGGAAAAACUUAAGUGUUCUACUGUUCCAAAACUUAAAUCCGAUGAGAACACAGAUAUUUCUUAUCGACCUGAGCAAAUUGAGGAUGUUAAUAAUAGUUCCAGUCAUUGCAAAGUUGAACUUUUGCAAGAUAAAAAUAUAGAUGAAAAUAAAGAAGUAAGUGAUUUGCAAUAAAGUGAGUCAACUAAUGUUGAAUAAAAGAUUAAACAAAUAAUUAAGGAUCUUUAGGGGUUUUAAUCAAAUUACAAAGUACAUGUUUAUGUAUUUAUUGUUUGAAGUAUUUUUUUGCAUUGUAUAAUAUAAGAUCAGAAUCCUGCACAAUUAUAACUAUAAGGUUUUGUAAUUACUCGAGAUAGUAAGCUGCCAUUGAAAUAACAUGUAUCAAAUAAAUUAUUACUUAAAAAAAAAAUACCACUUAUGUAGUGCUGAUUUUUAUGUAGUUGUCGUAACGUGUAAGUUUGAGGCACGUACAUUUUAUUUGUAGUAUAAAUCAUCAGUAUUUUACAAAUGUUUGUACAACUAAAAAAAAACAUUAUAAUUUUUGAAAUGCAUUAUUAAAACGACAGAAACCUAUUCCGCGAAAAUCAGUAAGCAAGUUGUAUUUUUGAUAAAAAGAGCCUAAUUUAUACAACUUAAAAAAAUAUGCUAUAUCUAUUUAUUGCCUAUUAUGUAUAUUGUAUAUACAUUUUUUAUUAAUCAAUUAUUUAAUCUCUCUCAAUUCUCUUGUUUCUCUUGAUUUUUUAAAUUUAUAAAAGAAAAUACAAUAUAUAUAAGCUCAUAUUCUAUUAAUCUCUUCAUAAACUAAAUUCUAUCCAAAAAAAAUUCAUCAAAUAUUCGUUUCACAAGAACAAAAAUGGCAAGUAAAAAUGCUUUGGCAGUUUUAUAAUAAAAAAUUUUUUUUUUUGUUUUUCAUCGACAAUGAAUUAAAAUUUCGAAAAUAUACCACUAUAAAAUAGGCACGGUUUUCAUGUAUGAAUGUUAAUUUAUAUAAAACCACGAACUUCAAGCGGUUUAUGAAAAAAAAUUUAAUAAACGCGUUAUUUUAUUUCAUACAGUAAAAUUUACAAAUGGGAGCACAGGAGCAAAAUGAAUGACUCAACUCCACUUGCUUUUUUACAAAAAAUGUAGAUAUAUAAAAUAAAUUAUUUUAAUGAUUAACAGGUUAAAUAGAAAAGGCUUAUUAUAUAACAAUGUAUUACGUGCAAUAUUAAAGUUGAUAACUACGGUUGAUUAAAAUUUCUAAAAAUCAGUUUCUUGCUAAUGGUUCGAUUCACUAUUCAAAACGAACAUUGACUACAAUAUUUAUUUAAAAUUGUUGUAAAAUAUAUAUCAAAUUGUAUUGAUGAUUUACUACAGCGUUAAGGCAAUUAGAGUUUCGAGAUUCGCUCGAGACUAUCACAAGGUAUUACGGUUCUUCCGUGUAUUAUGAUUGUUUUCUUUAUAUAGUAUUCAUUUUACAGAACUGAAAUUGGACCCCUAGGGUUCCAAGCUGCUCACAUAUUAUUUUAGUUAUACAUUCAAGCUUGUUUAUAUCUGACGAACGUGAUAUGUCAAAUAAAAUUUUUUGUCACAACAAAAAGUAUUCUAUGAUUAUAUUUAUAUACAAUUUUUUUUAUAAACACAAGACAAAAACAACUGUGUAUGUAUGAAAAACACAAUUAGCUUUCCUUUUCUUAAAAAAAGUUAUACAUAGUGAAUAAGGUUUAGUAAUUAUGGACAAUCGGUAAAGUUGUAUAAUUGUAUGAAUUUAAGAAUCUAUAAAUAAUCAAAAACGCAAGAGAGUCGUUAAUAUUAAUUAAAGCACAUUAUAAUAAUUACAUCCUACAAAUAACAAUAACUAUAUUCUAAUCUUCUAACUCGACACUUGAUUAAACAAUUAUCACAAAAACACGAAUGCACAAAUGUCGAUCAUUUUGCGAAAAACAUUAAUGUGCUGCCUUUGAUUUUCAGAUUGAUUCUAUGUGAAUAAUUUUUUUCGUGCUGCUUUAUAGAGCUUAAAUCAUAGGUUGCA